GAUGAAAAAGUUAGCUGAUGUUCUCUCAGGACUAGAAACUAGAGUGUCUCAAUUGUGACUCCAUCCCACUGGACAGCUCAACUAUACCACUCUGGUACUAGGCUGAGGACUUGGUGGGAUACCACGUCUCAUACUCUGAAGAGUUACAGAGAAUUUUUUUCUCCCUCAAGAGCCGGGAGGUUGUUUUUUUUUUCCAUAAAGAAUGGGAGACUAUGAUGAAGACACUGCAUUCCUCGGACAGACUGGUCCUUAUUUCUGGACCACAUUCUUCCUCCUCAACACAGUUUUUGUCUCAACUGGAUUCAAUGGACUUUACAUUGUCUUUGUUGGGGCAGCUCCGAAACACCACUGUCUCAUUCCAGACGUUAACUUAACUGAUGAGUGGAGAAAUGCCAUCAUUCCCUUUACGAAAGUGGACGGUAAGGAGGUGAAGAACCAGUGCAGCAGAUAUAAGUUGGAUGUGGUGAGAAAUCUCUCCGCUGAGGGAUAUAUUCCUGGAAGGGAUGUCAACCUUACUAGCCUGGAGAAGGAGGGAUGUUUAGAUGGAUGGAACUACAGCAAAGAGAUCUACCAAUCCAACAUAGUCACUGAGUGGGACCUCGUUUGCGACAACCAGUGGAAGGUUCCCUUUGCAUCCUCGACUCUCUUUGUGGGUUACCUUAUUGGGUCCCUAAUCUCUGGCCAGCUUUCUGACAGGUUUGGGAGGAAGAAGGUAGUUUUCAUCUCUCUUGCAGCCCAGAGUGUCUCGGUCCUGCUUCAGUCCUUCUCUUAUUCAUGGAGGAUGUUCUGCAUCAUGUUCCUCUUUGUCGGAGCCUCUCAGAUAUCCAUCUAUAUUUCUGCUUUUGUACUUGGAACGGAGGUGUUAAGUAAAACUAUGCGAGUGAUCUUCACAACUCUCGGAGCCUUUCUUUUCUAUUGCAUUGGGUACAUGACACUACCCUGGAUUGCAUAUGGCAUCAGAGAAUGGAGGACUCUUCUAGCCGUUCUCUCAAUGACUUCUGUGGUCUACAUCCCAUUGUGGUGGUUCAUCCCAGAGUCUCCUCGGUGGCUGAUUACUCGGGGUCGUGUGGAAGAGGCUGAGGUCAUCGUGAGAGAUGCUGCAAGGAAAAAUAAAGUUGAGGCACCACAAGUCAUUUUUAAAGAGUUUGAGCUCCAAGCAAUGCUUCAAAGCAGAAGCUACACCAUGCUUGAUAUUUUGAAAUCCAAGAACCUCAGAUGCAUCACACUGAUGUGUCUCCUUUUAUGGAUGGCAAUCAACAUUGGAUAUUUUGGUUUAUCCCUGAACACCUCCAACCUGAGUGGCAACCCUUUCAUGAACUGUUUUUUGUCAGCUACGACUGAGGUCCCUGCCUAUGUUGUUUCUACUUGGCUGCUGAGCAAAUGUCCAAGAAGAGCUCUUCUGUCAUCGUUCCUCGUCAUUGGAGGAGGAGUUCUCCUUCUCAUCCAGUUCAUCCCUGACUCCUUCAACUAUGUUGCUCUGGCACUGGAAAUGACUGGGAAGUUUGGCUUCACCAUGGCCUUCAGCAUGGUCUAUAUCUACACCGCUGAGAUUUAUCCCACUGUGCUCAGGAAUGUUGGCAUGGGAAUGUGCUCCUCUGCUGCACGCAUUGGCAGUAUCACAGCUCCUUAUGUCAUCUAUUUAGGUACUUAUAAUAAGGUUCUGCCAUAUAUUUUAAUGGGGAGUCUCACAAUUGCGUCGUCUGUGGUGAACCUCUUCCUUCCAGAGACCUUCAAUAGAGAUCUUCCAGAAACAGUGGAGCAAAUGCAAGAAUGUCAGGGGUUGUGCAGUGGAUCCAAAAAAAAGAAAUAUGUAGAAGGAAGUGGCAACCCAACCGUACAACGUGAUGCCAAAUCUGAUGUGCAAACUCUUGUUCCGUAGGAAGGAAGGAAGGAAGGAAGGAAGGAAGGAAGGAAGUGAAAAAGAAAAUAAAUUUGAAAUCUGACCCAAAAGUCUACUGCCAUAUUUUUUUACUCAGUUGAUGUUUUAUAAUUCAAGAAUUUUGCUUUCAGAAAUGUUGCAAAGACCCUUUUUGAACUUUUUAUUUUUUAUUUUUUAUGAAACUGAAAUACAUUUGUGAUUUUUUAAAACUGAUUUAACACAAUAUAUGUAAUUAAAGUUUGGACACUCUCCUAAUACACAGCCUCAGUUCAUC